UCAAUUAAAGCCCCGUCAUGAGAUUUUCUAGUUUGGUAAACCUCAACUUUUUUUGUGGUUGAUUCAGUUCAUUUCAUUUCAGAAUGCUUUUGAACUGGCAGCAUUUGUCUAGUCUUGGUGGGAAAUCAAGGCACCUACUUGUUUCAUGAAGAAUAGUGCAUUUAUUUUCACAUGUUUGAUUUCUGGGGUAUUAGUUCAAUUUUGGUGCAGCUAUGGCAUCCUUCCCCUUUAAGCCAUUGUCACAGAGAUGGGCUCCUGCUACAAGAAGGCCUUGAUUAGAGAGGAGAUAAGAGAAUCCCUUCAUGGUUGGCGAAAGCGAGUGAAGGAGAAAGCAAAGCGUGAAUCCUUGCAUCCAUCUUCAACAUCUACAAAAUUAGAAAAUGCUUUGAAGUUUGGUAGCAGGGACAAAGAUGAAAGUGGUAUUGAAUCAAUUGUAUAUUCUCUUUCACAGAGCCCCCAGAAUGUGACGGAGAGAUGUAGAAGCCUACCAAGAGAGAUAUCCAUAACUUGCCAAACAGAGAACACGGGGGAGGAUUCUAUUCAUGAGGAUGUUCAGCAAGAAGAAGAUUUGGGCUCACAUUCUUCUGUAUAUUCUUGUACUGCAGAAAAUAGUGCAUUGCCAUUUGAAGCAAAUGUAAUGGAUGGUGACGACACUAAUGAGGAUUCAACAGACAAGCAUCUCCUUGGCUCUGGUUCAUCAAACAAUGGAUUGGCAUUUGAAUUGGGUUUUUUGGAUGAUGAUAACAUUGAUGAGCAGCAUCUUCUCGACCCCUCUAAAAUUCCCUAA